CGCUGCGAGCUCCCCGGGAAUUGUGCGUCAGCAGUGGUGCCUGAGCUCUGGGCGUCUGAACAGCUGCAGACCAUCUGGCCAUUGUGUAGUGUUCAUCUCACUCAGACGAUUCGAUCACCAGGAGAUUCGACAAAGAGAGACCCUUCGACAUCACUCAGACAAACAGUCUACCCCGCCUCUCGGUCAGCGCUUGCCGGCCCGGGUCAGCCUCCUUGCGAGAAUCUCGCCGUCGCUUCCUGUCCUCAUCAAGCGUCUUGCGAUCUCUUGCUCGAAUAGGCUCGACACAGACCCUCGGUCCCGUACUACUGCAAGGCAGAGUUCUAAUCACAGGCGCACUGCCAAUCACCCACCAUGUCGGGCAAGAUCAAGGCUAUCUUGAACAAGCGUCGCUCGAGCUCGCAGUCGAGCGCUUCAUCGACCACCUCCAAUGGCGACCGCUCCGACUCUGCCACUUCAGUCUCGUCUGGAGUGUCUAACAAGAGCGUCAAGGCCAAGGACCUCAACUUGCCGCAGAGCGGAGCGCCCAACUCUCGCUUUGUCUUGCCGCCCGAUGCAGGCAAUUACAGGUCCAAUGGCGCCGAGACUGACGAGACUUCGGAGUCAGAAGAGGACGAGGACGAAGAAGGAUCGGAGCAGAGCGAAGAGGACGAACAGGACGAGGAAGAGCCAAGCAGCGAAGAAGAGCAACAAUCCACGCCCAAGGCAGUUGCUGCACCCACUCCCGCCUCUGAUGCGUCUUCGAGUGAGCCCGAAAGCGAGGAGGAAGAAGCCAAGCCGGCUACCAACGGCAGCAGUGGUAAGCGCAAUGGCGUCGUCGCUGCAGGCGCGGGCUUAGCGGGCGGCGCCGCUGCUGCCGUCGGUUUGCGCAACAAAUCGAACGGCAAUGCUCCCAAAGCCGUCUCGCCACCCACUUCCGAAUCAGAGGAGGAACCCGCGCCCAAGGCGAUUGCUAGAGAGCCCGAGCCUGAAUCGGAGCCCGAAGAGGAGCCUGAACCUGAGCCCAUCAAGAAGAGCAAGACCCGCAAAUCAUCUGUAGCGGCAGUGACGAGCAAGUCACGCUCGUCUGGCCGAUCCAAGCGUACUUCGUCGCGAGCCAAGGAUUCCUCGUCUGAAUCAGAGGUCUCCGAGCCCGAGGAGGAAGUCGUCAAGCCCGCCAAAAAGUCGUCUCGCUCGCGGUCAUCUCGCGAUAAGCCAAAGUCAUCUUCGCGUUCCAAACGAGGAGAGGCUGCUCUCGCUGGCGUUGCUGCUGGCGCUGUAGCGACCGAAAAGUCGUCACAUGACCGUGAAGGCCGCGACAAGAGCAAGAAGCGAUCCUCGGCUGCAAAGGACAAAGGUCCAUCCGUUCGCAAGUCCAAAUCCGCUCGACAUGCAGAGGCACACUCGGACGACGAGAUUCCUCGACACGUCGCGCCCAAGGUCCUCACACCCGAAGAGCACGGCGUCCACCGCCAAAAGCUGGGCAAGCCCUACAAUAAGCUCACCAUGGAGGACGUCAAGCUCGAUGAAGAAGGCAUGCGCAAAGAUAUUGACGACGUUUGGAUCUCGAUGCACUUGUUCAUGAACUCGCGCAUGAAAGAGGCAGAGGCAAUCUGCCUGACAGCUUCGGACCAUCGCAUGUACUUUUCCGUCGGCUAUUCCCUCAUCCAGUGCAUCAAGUCACUCAUGACGUUUGAGCCAGACGAUCUCGCAAACGCUGUCUCGCGCUGUAAGGAGACGAUCAUCAUCGCUGACAAGCUCCGCAAGACCGGUCGCGGUGUUACCGAAGGUUUCGCUAAGCUUGUCACUGGCUCGUCGACCACCAAGUCGCUCAAACUCAUGACUGUCAUCGAGCGUCACGCAGAGCUGGUAUGGGCCGAGUCAGUCCUGCUCAAGGCUGUGCUUGGCAUCAUCUACUCUGGCGACUUUAUGGCCUUCCUCAAGGAGGCACUCAAUAUGCGCUCGGCGUAUUCCGUCUAUCGCACGCUCGCCGAAUACAUCGAGCAAUGCGAUGCUGCGCAGCCCGGUCGCGGUGCAGAGGAUCCUGCACUAGAUCAAGACUUCCGUUCGGGUGUCUAUCUUGGUAACGGCCUUAUCUCGCUCGUCCUCUCCCUCUUGCCGAGUACCGUCCUCGCCAUCAUGGAAGUCUUUGGCUUCACUGGCGAUCGUGCGUACGCUCUAAAGAUGCUCAUGCGCGGCGGCAAAUGGUCCGCCGAUCCCAAGAAUCGCAAGCCAGGCAUGACGCACAAGAAUGAAGGCAUUCGUCGCCAGAUCUGCGACAUGGCUCUUCUGCUCUAUCAUCUUGUCAUCUCGACCUAUCUGCCGGUCGGCAUGGUCGACAUUGACCUGGCUGACAAAGUACUUCACUACAAUCUUAAGCGUUAUCCCAACGGGGUCUUCUUCCUGUUCUUCUCUGGCCGUUUGUAUUCGGCACAGACGAUGGGCGAGAAGGCACUGAGGCAGUACAGCCUCGCUAUUGCUUCACAAGAUGAAUAUGUCCAGAUCGAACACAUUUGCCAUUGGGAUCGUGGUUUGACUUAUCUCUCACUCGGCAAAUAUGCCAAGGCCUACACCUGCUUUGACAUUCUUGGCAAAGACAGCAACUGGUCAAAGUCGGUAUACGCAUACGCAAAGGCAAUCUCGCUGUACGAAGCCGAUCCCGUCAAGCACAGAGACGAUAUCAUGAAGAGCAUGCGAGCAGUGCCUGAUCUCAUGCAGCGUAUCGCUGGCAAAUCUAUCCCGCUCGAGAAGUAUGUUGCGCGCAAGUCCAAGCAAUUCCUUGCCCAGGGCGGACGCCUUGCCUGCCCCGGUAUCGAGCUUGCUUACUUCCUCAACGCGCUCUCGAUGGCGCCUCGCUAUGCCCUCUUUGGCAUCCACCUGCGAGCAGUCAGCGAGACGCUCGCCAAGCUGCACGACUGCAAAGAUCCUUCGUCGUAUGGCGAGACAAAUACAGAAGGCGAGUACUGGGACGAUUACUGCAUGGCACACUUUUUGCGAGCUAUCAUUCUGCGCUUCAUUGCUUUCCCCGAGAAGCACACGCACCUAGAUCCGGAGAAGUCGCCGAUCAGCAAGAAGGAGGCCGCCGAUCAAGCACUCAUUUCACUCAACAACGUCUAUAAGCACGGCACGAAGAUCACUACCAACCACAUGCUCGUCUGGUUCGCGCAUUACGAGAUGGGACGUGUGUAUGACGACCUCGGAGACCCGACCAAGGCAAAAGCACAGUAUGACAUUGUCAUGGCUGGCAAGAAGAUGGAGAUAGACCGCCGUGGCGAGAGCGGCAAAGUCAGUCUACAAAACAUGUCUGUGCUGCGUACGAACGCUGCGCGCGACAAAUUGAUUGCUCGUCAGAAGGGCAAGGCAGCCGUCUAAUGCGUCACUCUGUCUUCUUUGCCGUAUUAUUGUAGCACCACAGACUGCAUGCUCUUCGCCC